AGGAGGAAGUGUUGCUGGGGAGGAGCACAUGGUUAAUGUUUAUACACCUGAGAAUGUAUCAGUAGGGGGCUGGAGAGGAACAUCAGUAUGCCCAGGUCACCGCGUCACUGCUGCCAUUUAGCGUCACUAUGUCCUUUCCAGCCCCGAAACCCAAAGCUCCAGAGCUACCCCAGAAGCUGCAGCACAAACUCGAGUGCAAUCAGGGGGCUGUGCGGGCAGUAAGGUUUAAUGUGGAUGGCAAUUACUGCAUGACCUGCGGCAGUGACAAGACCCUCAAGCUCUGGAAUCCACACAAGGGAACUUUGCUGAAAACCUACAGUGGCCAUGGGUACGAGGUGCUGGAUACGGCAGGGUCAUACGACAACAGCCAGAUGUGCUCCUGUAGCUCAGAUAAGACAGUCAUCCUGUGGGAUGUGGCCCAGGGUCAGGUGGUCCGGAAAUUCCGUGGACAUGCAGGGAAGGUGAAUUGUGUGCAGUUUAACGAGGAGGCAACAGUGAUUAUGUCAGGCUCUAUAGACUCCUCAAUAAGGUGCUGGGACUGUCGCUCUCGUAGACCCGAAGCAAUUCAGAUUCUGGAUGAAGCCAAAGAUGGGAUUUCCAGUAUCAAAAUAUCAGACCACGAGAUCCUGGCAGGGUCAGUAGAUGGGAACCUGCGUCGCUAUGACCUUCGGAAGGGAGAGAUGUGCGCAGAUUAUCUUGGCAGCCCAAUCACAUGUGUGAGCUUCAGUCAGGAUUCACAGUGCCUUCUGGCAUCGUCCUUAGACUCCACAUUGCGCCUGCUGGACAAAGACACGGGAGAGCUGCUGGGAGAGUACACGGGACACCAGAACCACAGUUACAAGUUGGACAGCUGUCUGAGUGAGAAGGACACUCACGUGCUGAGCUGCUCAGAAGAUGGGACGGUGUGUUUCUGGGAUUUGGUGGAGGGCUCAUUGGUUCUGAAACUUCCCGUCGGUAAAGCAGCGGUGCAGUCGCUCUCCUUCCAUCCCAGCGAGUGCUGCCUGCUCACUGCCAGCGAAGGAGGGGUGCAGCUCUGGAGAGGGGCGUCUUAUGAAGAGGAAGGGGGAAGCUGAAGGCAUCUUGCAAUUUACUAUUUUGUACAUGAUUCAAUACAUUUCCAUUAAAUUUCCUUUUUUUUUUUUUUUUUAUUUCAA